AUGCUUUUUUACAUACAAGAUGGAUUUAUGCACACUAAAAAAAAUCAAGGGUUGGAAGAAGUUGUGACAGGUGACGGAAAACUGCGCCUUGCAGAUGAUGGUAGGGGCUUUUUAAAAUUGUGGGAAAGUAGUGGUAGUGGGCGUCCUACGUUUGAAACGGAAAGUGAACAAAGAUAUGUGUGGAAAAAAAUCAUGCAGAAAUGGAAAGGAGGCGAGCCUGAAUGGGAGCUAGUUUCCAAGAGAUCUAUAGGCAGAGAAUUCUGGCUGGACCGACAGAAGGAAGCAUGUGGGUGGAGCGCGGGGGGGGGGAAGGGAACGGAAUAUAGUAAGGAUGGUUUAGGUUUACGAAAAACCCUCCCCCAAGUGCAUGAUGCACAUUGCACACUGGUCAUACAUAUACAAGGAAUAGCUUACUUCUAUAUAGAAUACAGUGCGAGUGUGAUAAAAAAACAAAGGAUAUCUGUCAAAGAGUGUUAA